AUGCUCUACAACGACAGUCUUCCUGAGGAUCUCGCUGCAGCAUGUUCAGCAGCCCUCAUGGCUGACAUUGCUUGCGAUCCGCUGGUGCCAGCCCUCCGCCACGACUUCUUCUACCCUCCUGCCACGUUGACCCGCAUGUGUACCACGGGCUGCGCUUCUGCGCUGCAGUCGUGGGAGAGCACAGUCCGAUCUGCUUGUGGGAAGGACGUCGUCAUUCCUGGCGAAGAUGACCUUGACACAUCGCCCAUUAUGAUCCCGGCCAGCCGCCGGUACAUCUAUAGCUUCACAUGUCUUAAAGAAAACAAUGUCUUCUGCGGCCCAGUUGCAGCAUUGGCAGCUUUCUCUGCCAAUCCUGGAGUCUCCCCCUUCAACUACAUUAUUGAACUUCCAGAUGGCGCGGUUAAGCCCACACAGUGUGAUCCGUGUCUCGCCGCGAGACUGCGACUGAGAUCUGGGUCGCCUUAUUUUGACGACCCCGUCGUGGCCAGCGAGUCGAUCUACCAAACCCUGACGUCCAGCUGUGGCAUCACGGGUAAGCCUGCUACCACCACUACCAUUGACUAUCUCACCACUCAGCCUGAGCCCACCGACUCAGUUUGCGACGGCACCAUGUACCAGAUCCAGGGCGGUGAUGAUUGCUAUGGCAUUUCUGAAGCUCAGAGUGUCGGUACAGCCUGGCUACUCUCUGACAACCACCUCGGCGCUUACUGUAAUGAGUUCCCAACUUCGGGUAGCCUCUGCAUCACCAACACAUGCAAGACUGUCACAGUAGCAGUCAAUACGACGUGCAACGCCAUCGCUACAACAACUGCAGGCAUCACAGAGCCGCAGCUGCUAGCUUGGAACCCUGUCAUCAACCCGGUCUGUUCCAACCUCGACAUGAUGAAUGGCACCACACUUUGCAUCGAACCACCUGGACCCAAGCUGCCACCCGCCCAGACGACAAAUGUGCCUCCGGUGACGCCCACCAGCGCUGCAUCCAUCCCCGCCAAUACUGCCAUUGGAUCUGAUAAGCCUUGCGGCCGCUGGUACGAGGUCGAGGCUGGCGACUACUGCAACACCGUGACCCUGAAGUUUGCCAUUUCUCUCGAGGACUUCGCAUUUCUCAAUACAGGCAUCAACACUAACUGCACCAACCUUUAUGCCAAGGAGAGCUACUGUAUACAGGCGGUUGGUGAUAUUAACGACUAUCCUGGCCGUCCGGGAUAUAAUUCUUUUACCAUUGACCCCGAAGUUGCCUUUACCGGCGUCCCCUUCACCAUGCUGCCCAACGCUACCAUAACGCUGGAUCCAAGACCGACCAAGCUCCCAUUGGCCACCGGCGUUCGCGAUGAUUGCACCUUUUACUUCACGGGCGACGAGUUUCAGUACUCGCCUGAUGUGUUCGGCUACUGGACAAGCAACUGCGAGAUUGCAGCGUCCACCUACAAUGUCGACUAUGACAGUUUCGCCGCUUGGAACUCGCUCUCGACCAACGUCACGGAUCCUACAUGUGUAUUUCAUCUCGGCCUGCGAUACUGCGGCUCCUGGGGUCUGACACCCACCCAAACCUCCACCGAAGAGCCUGCGCCCACCGGAACUCAAACCGGGCCCCAGCCGCCAGCGAACACGCAUGAUGGCCAGCCAGAGGACUGUGACGGCUGGCACGUGGUGGUUGAAAGUGACUCAUGCCAGUCCGUCGCUGACAAAGCCGCAAUCUCCCUUGUGACCUUCCUUGAGUGGAACCCUGCCGUCAGCGACGACUGCAAGGAGAACUUCUGGCUGGAUCAGGCGUACUGCACGCAUAGGGAGGGUCAGGGCAUCAGCACCACAGCCUCGUCCUCUUCGACCAUUGCAACGACGACGGCCAAACCUACCGCCCCAGCCCCCACGCACACCGGCCAGCCUGCUGACUGUAACAAGUGGGACGUAGUGGCAGAUGGCGAUAGCUGUGGUUCCCUGGCCAGCGAUAAUGGCAUUACCAUCGACCAAUUCUACGCCUGGAACCCUGCUGUUUCCAAGGACUGUAUUACCAACUUCUGGCUCAAGCAGGCAUACUGUGUCGGCCGAUCCAGCGUGGCGGGUGCUACUACCACAACGUCGUCGAAACCAGUCACGUCGUCAAGCCCAACGACAACGAAGCCGACGGCGCCCGGCCCCACGCACACCGGCCAGCCUGCUGACUGCAACAAGUGGGACAUCGUUACAGAUGGCGAUAGCUGUGGUUCCCUGGCCAGCGAUAACGGCAUAACUAUCGACCAAUUCUACGCCUGGAACCCUGCUGUGUCCAAGGACUGCAUUACCAACUUCUGGCUCAAGCAGGCGUACUGUGUGGGCCGAACCAGCGUCGCGGGUGCUACCACAGCGUCAGCGAAACCCAGCACGUCGUCGAAACCAGUCACGUCGUCAAACCCAACAACAACGAAGCCGACGGCGCCCGCGCCAACGCAUGCCGGCCAGCCCGCCAAUUGUAACAAGUGGGAUGUUGUGGGCGACGGGGACGGCUGCUGGUCCAUGGCUAAUGACAAUGGGAUCACGCUCGAUCAAUUCUAUAAAUGGAACCCUGCCAUUACGAAUGAUUGCGGGACAAACUUCUGGCUUGGUCAGGCGUAUUGUGUUGGCAUUUCUAGCUAG